CUUCCCAUCACGAGAUUGAUGUCGCGGAAUGAAUAUCAAAGACCCCAGUACCCCUUCCAAUGGGUACCCACCCUCAUGGUACUUCACAAACCAAGGUCGGUCUGCUUGGGAGCACCAGGUAGCAACAGCAGACUCCAGGCUUAGUUCAGACACCCAAGUGACUGAAAUCACCAAAUCUCACUGGAUUUCCUCUGAAACCUGUCCAACUUGCUGUAAUAAGCAAUGUCGGAGAAAAUUUUCAUUACUAGAUCGUCCCCAACACUGUAGAAGAUGUGGAAAGGUAUUUUGCAACCCAUGUCUUCAGUUUCAAAGAAAAUUAAAUUUACUUGCCCAUCUUGAUCCAGAAGGAAAGUCUUACAAGGUGUGUCAAACAUGUUUUGAUGAGGGACAAGUGCAGGAAGGUCAAUGUCGGAACCUCACCCGAUAUUUUCACAGACUACGCCAACAAGCAUCAGUGACUGCCACUGUGAAUGAAAAUGGAAAAGUAACCAAAUGCUGGAGACAAAGGCUUGAUCUAGAUGCAGAGUGUGCCCGUUUGCUUCAAGGUUUCAAAACAGCCAUUGGGACUUCAGAAAUAAAGAAAACUCUCCAUGAUUUGACCACCUUAGUCACCAUGCCAAGCUGGCAGAAAUCAUCAACAUGGUUGCAAGAGAGCUUGGCAGAGACCUGCCAGAACUGUAGCAGUAAGUUUGGCCUGAUGAGGAAGAAGCUACACUGUAGGGUGUGUGGGCGAGCAGUCUGUAAAACCUGCUCGACCAAAGAUCUUCUGCUGUACGUGCCAAACAACAACAAAGAAGCGGAGCCACAACUUGCCAUCAUUCGUGUCAUUGGUUGUCCUGCAAAGGAGCCAGAUAUAGCUCUGUAUAUGAGAGUCUGCAACCCUUGUCAGGAGAAAAUUUCCAACAAACAAAUUAUUGAUAAUAAUGCCAUUGAAGAUGCGGUCCAAGAAGGAGGGGAUAACUUAGUCAGAUUGGAAGCUCUCCAUAACAACAGUGUAAAACUGGAGCAGAAAACAGACAGUCAGUUAGCGCAAUAUCAACUUGUGAUAGAGUCUCUUGAGGACAACUCCAGAGUGAGUUCAGAUUCCAGUAGAAGCAAUAUUAAAGUUCUUGCCAAGGCACAGGUGGACCUGGCUGAUUUUUUGUCACAAUACAACACAAACAUCAUGAAAAUGAAACAGCUAAAGCCCUCUACAAAUACACAGGCCAUGCUCUUCAGAAAUUGCUUAAAGAGUAAAUGUGAUUUUUAUAUAGAAAACCAGUUUACAUUUCGUAAGUUGAAGCGGGAGUUAGAGAAGUCAGCACCUGCAGAAACCCUUCAAGUGAUUCAGCAAACGGUGGAUCUCAAUGCAAUAACAAGCGCACAACUAUACGUUAGACAGUUGACAUUUGAGACACUACACCUUUGUGAUAAGUACCACAUUUGUGAUUCCAUACCCAAAUUACUGAGCUCAUUAGAUGAGGCAGUGGAAGUCGAUGCCAAGCAAUGUAUAUCUCUAAAUGGUGAAAAUUGGGAGGAGCAUUCCAGCAGUAUUACCGAUAUGAUCCGAGUACAGAUGAAGGACCACCGGUUGAUUAAAUUAUCACGAUCUCAGUUAUCGUCUGGCGCGCAUGACCACGUGAUGGUGAUGAUCUCUAAACGAACCAGAGAAGCACUACAACAGGUGCAUGACCAACUAGAUAUGAAAUCUACAGACAAAAGUUUUCAAACAUCCAAAUCCUUCCUCGACAAAACUAGAAGCAGCUUAAAUGGCGUUGUGCUACAUACAGUGUAGUUUUCGCAGUGAUAUGUACUUCACAACAUGGUAAAAUAUCCAUUUUAAAUGACCGGUUAUUGCCCUAUGAAUUACAUAUCUUGGCCAAUCAGAUUUUGCAUUCUGUAUAUUGUGUGUAUUUUCAAACAGAUGUUUGAAUUCAAUUGAAAUAUAAUUAAGUCAAGAAGUUUUUCUUUAAAAAAUAACAUAGAAUUAAAUUAAAUGCGAUAUUUUUAAGCGUUUGUUUGUACAAAAAAUUAAGUUUGUCUAUAAAUGAUAGACCUUUUGAAAAACAAGAUGAUGCAAAUUAACAUUAACUUACUCAUACGUUCAUCUAUACAUUGAAUUUUUACAAUUGAUCAAUUGUGCUGUUUAUUUGUGUGCAGUAAUUUUCUACACUUUUCAUUAAUAAAACUUAAUACAGUAAGGAAGGGGAUUCA